GCACUUCACUCAGUGCGUCAACUCGUCAAAUUUGAUUCAUUUCAGCUGUGGAGAUCUUUAAUAGACGAAAACAUCCACCAACAAGUUGAGUACAUCAGCUCCACGUUUCCCAUGUGCAGCGAUGAUCGAUGAACCAGACAAGAGUGGUUCAGUGUGACUUUUAUUAGUUUUAAAUAUUAUUGCAUGCGUUGCUUGUGUUAGUUCGGAUGAGUGUGCGUUUCUACACCCCGUAGUUUUGUGGCUCUUUGAAUCGACUAAAUUAUUUGGAUUACUUGUCGACCCCUGACCACAACUGUCCUGUCCCCCACCAUCAUGGCCUCUGCCACCUCCACCCCCGCAGCCUCCGGCGGCCGCUGCAGCCGCUCCGCAGCCCGCCGCAGCGCAGCCACCGGCCUGCCCCGGUCCAGCACCAGCCCGACCUGCCGGUCUCGCAUCCAGGAGAAAGAUGAGCUCCGACACCUCAACGACCGCCUCGCCAACUACAUCCAGCGCGUCCAGGAGUUGGAAAGCGAAAGGUCAUCCAUACUGAUACAGCUGGAGGAAAAGGAUGAGUCGAAAAGCCGGGAGAUGUGCAAUGUGCGACGGCUGUACGAGGAGGAGUUGGCCGAUAUCAGAAAUUCCCUGGACGGCCUGGCCGGAGAGAAGGCCCGUCUACAGAUCGACUACGGAAAUCUCUGCGAUGAGUACAGGAAACUUCAAGCCAGGAACCAGAAAAAGGAGAGUGAUCUGGCGAAUGCCUUGGCCCAAUGGAGGAAAGUUGAGGCAACGCUGAGCUCCAAAGAUGCUGAGUGCAUUAAGUUAUUGUCUGAGAACAGGAGACUCACAGACGACUUUACUGACCUGCAGAGCCAGCUGGAAAAUGUAGAGGGUACACUGUCAGAUGCCAGGAAUCAGCUGAGCUCUGAGAUCUUGAGGAGAGUGGACAUGGAGAACCAGGUGCAAACACUCAAAGAACAGCUCGAGCUCCAGAGGAACAUCAGUGAGCAGGAGAUCUUGGAGAUCCGAAGCAGGCAUGAGAGCCGUCUAGUGGAGGUGGACUCAGGAAGACAGAGAGAGUUUGAGAGUAAACUGGCUGAGGUGAUGCAGCAGCUCCGCCAAGACCACGAGUCUCAGCUGCAGCAGUACAAAGAAGAAAUUGACAAGACCUUCAGUUCAAAGUUACAGAAUGCCCAGCAGGCAGCAUUGGAGAAAAACGAGGUUGUGUCAGCUACCAAAGAUGAACUGGAAACCACUAAGCUCAGAGUAGAGACCCUCAGCUCCCAGCUCCAGCAGCACCAGAAAGAUAAAAUGAUACUGGAGAGCCGUUUUCAGGAGUUGGAGAGGACUUUGGACAGGGAACGGGAAGUUUGGCAGCAGAAACUUAAUCAGAAGGAGGAGGAGUUGCUGAACAUGAGAAGCCAGAUGUAUAGCCAGCUGGAAGACUAUGAGAAUUUACUGGAUGUUAAGUUAGCUCUGGACAUGGAGAUCAGUGCCUAUAGGAAGAUGCUGGAGGUGGAGGAACAGAGAUUGCAGCUGUCGCCCAGCCCGUCCCAGCGUACAACCAUACCUCAAACACAUGAACACAGCAGCCGCAAAGUCAGAGGAAAGAAGCGGAAACACGAGGGAGCCUCUGGCAGCUCGCCCGCCUAUAAAAUGUCCAGUCGUUCAACAGACCAUGGUAUUGUGAGCGUGGUGGAGGUUGACAUGGAUGGAAGAUAUGUUCGACUGAAGAACAACUCUGAGACAGAGCAGCCACUGGGUGGCUGGGUAGUUCGGAGGAUAUGUUCAGACACUGGAGACGUCUCCUUCCACAUCCCCUCCUCCUGCAUCUUAGCUGGUGGGCAGACACUCACAAUCUGGGCAGCAGGUGCAGAGGAGGAAGCGGAUUCUGGGGACCUGAUUCUGCAGGGCCAUGGGAGCUGGAGCCCUGUCGCUGAUGUAAGGGUAAUCCUCUUGAAUCCCAACCAUGAGGAGAUGGCUGAAUGCAGGGUGUGCAUGCAGGCCAGAGGUCAUGAGGAAACUGAGCUGGAGUUUGAUGAAGAAUUUGUUGCAGGCAGUGACAUCCAGCACUUUCGGAGACAGCCAAAGAGGAAGAAGAAGAAGUGUUGUACUGUGUCUUGAGUGCAGAGCAGACAGUGUGCUGUACAGUAGGAUCUAUCCAAGGAGGCAAGCUGUACAGUCAUGUGAUUGCUUGUCCAUCUUUUGCUGUCCUUCAUGUCCACAUGGAAAACUUGGACUGUCUCUGGCCUCUGAGUACAAAGGUCUGUUGCUGUCUGGUUCUAGUGUUGUCUCAUGCAACAAACUCCAGUCUUUGACAAACUACAGUAGGACACAGACAUGUUAGUUUGACCAUGGAAAGCUCUGACGCCUUACAGCAACAGUAUGAACCUCAGUAUUCCUCACUUGUUUCAUCACACUAACUGCACAAGACAAGAUAUGAGCUUUGCCUUGAUUUGAUCUAAUUUAAAUGAAUGUGUGUGUGUGUGAAACGAAAAUGUUGGUAUAAUAAAGUUUUCUAAACAAAUAGUUAAGUCAGACACUUGGUUCUAAGAAUAAAAGACUGUUUAUUGCAACAAAUGCAAUUAUGUUUGAAUUUGGCAAGAAAAGCUGUGUUCAUGAGGGUUCUCCCAAAUGAGUCCAAUUUAAUGGCAAGUGGAAGUUUUCAGAGAUACAUUUUACACACAUACAUUUUGUUCACUCAAUACAAUGAUGUCAAAUCAAAACUAUAGCAGAAUUUCUUUGGAUCUCUGUUAGUUACUAUAUUUAAGAGACUAUAGUUAACAUCUUGGAUUUCACAUGGUUUGUACUAAAUUAAAGCAUUUUUUGCCACACUA